AUGAAGAAAACCUUCAUAACUAUUAUGUUGCUGAUGGUUGUAGUCAUUUCAUCGAAGUUAGAGGCAUCAGAGCUACGAACUCGAGGUAUUCUUGUACUAAUUGAUAGGAAUGAGUUACACUGAAGCGUAUAAUCUAGAUGUUUCUCGCUUGUAUUGCAAUACUGAUUUGGAUUUCAUAAUUGGUGAAUUAGAGCGAUGGAUUGAUAUAAUUGAUAAUAGAGAAUAAUUGAUAAAGGACUUAGCAAUAAUCAAUUAGAUCAUAAAUAUUGUUGAGAAAGCAAAAGGUACAAUACAUGUAAUUCAUUCGACUAUGUUGGUGCAAAUAUAAUAAAAAAUAGAAAAGUCUCUUUAAAAUAUUUUUAUUCAAAAUAAGUGGGCUGCCUGCAGAGUGGAAGAUGCCCUAGAAUAUGUGGGCUAGUUAAAUGCUACAUAAAGUAUAAUUGAAAUAUAUCGUAGCAAAUGAGGAGAAAAUCGCUUUGGCAAAUUAAAUUAUUGCUCAUUUGAGAAGAACUUAAGAAGAAAUCUAUAUAUAUUUGAAUCAAUGUUAAUAUGCUAAGAAAACUAUAAAUUUGAGAUAAAAAGUAGCCUAACUUAGAACAUUAAAAAGGGAAUGUGAAUAAGAUUUUAGAAGGGCAAGAGUCAUUUAUGAAAGUGAUUGGGACUCAGAAGACGAGUAUAUUUAUUAUAAUGAAAUUCCUGGAGAAACGAUAUAUUAUUAUUUUGAAGAAGAAGAUCUAGAAACACCUUUACAUGAUGUAUAUCAUGAACCUUAGCAUUAUGCUCAUUCAAAGUAGAAGGAUCGUUAACAUACACAUAAAAACUUAAUCAAGAAUGAUUUGAAUUAGGAAAUAGAGGGAAACUAAAGAUAUAUUGCUUUGGGACAUGAAAUGGAAGGAGAAAUUAAGAACUCUGAUGAAGACAAUCAAAAUAUUGAUGAAACAUAAAAUUAGGAAUCUUAAGAAAUCGAAAAUGUUGUUUAAGCUGUAAAAGUUAGCAAAAUUGAGGAUUUAAAUAAUGAAGAAUCUCACUUAAGUGAAGUCACUAAUAAAAAUGAUAAUUUGGAAGAAUAAAGUGUGACAGAAUAAUAAGAGAGCAUUUCUGUGCAGGAGGAGAGUUAGAAUAAUGAAGAAGUGCAUUAGGUAGAAUCGACAAAAGUUUAGAAAACCGAAACUUAGGCUGAAAAUAAUGCCAAACCAUUAGAUUUGCCAAUAAAACAAGAAUAAGAUGAUUCUAAAACUGUAACUUAGAAAUAAAUUGAAGAAGAGAGGUCUUUGAAAAUAUAAUCCUUAAGAGAAGAUAUUGAUACAAAUGAGCCAACUUCAUUCCAACCACCAAAACAUAAAGCCAAUAUAGGCAGAGUUUAAGAAAGAAAAAUUGUGGCAGUUAAUACAAAAUAUUAAAAUUCUGAAUAUGAUGGAGAAACAACUGAGUAGCUUGAGUUUACUGAUAGAGCAUUAUUGUAGGAUUCCUCUGAAUAUGGUUAUGGUUAUUGGGUGAGAUAUGCUGAACAUAGUGCUAAAGAGCAUGCUAGAGAAGAAGGAGAGUAUUAUUUCCUUUCCAGAAUGACUAUCAAUGAGGAGUAUGAAGAUUUUUCAUUUUAUGGAGACAGAGCUCUUGCUGUUUUUCUAUUUGAUAAUUCAUUUGUAUUCAGUACUUAUGACACAAGUGACAAACUUAAAACUAAGGAUAAGGCCAUAGUAUUAAAUGAGAAUAUGGAUGGAAUGUGGUAUUUCGUGAUGUUCUCGUAUAGCAGUCCAUUAAGAAAAGCUGUAGGUUAUGUUGUUAGCUAUGGAGAAGGGAAUGGAAUUUACAGGGUUGAAAUUGAUGCCACUCACAUUCCUCCUUCAUAUAUCAAAAUAAUAUUUGGAGGUAAACAUAUGAAUUAUUAUGGAUUAAAUGGUUAAUUUGCCAAUAUAUUUUAUGAUAUUGAUACUCCAGCAUUUGUUGAUGGGGAUGAUGCUUUGGAUGAAGUGCUCAAAACAUUGAGUAAUCCACCAUAGAAUGUGCCUGCAGUUAUAGAUGAAAAUAUAUUGACUAAGCCAAAACAUUUUAAUGGAAAUGACAAGGGCGAAUCAUUUCAUUUUGAUCCACAAGAAUCAUAAUUGAUUAUUGAGGAAUAUGCCAUUGGAUUAUGGUUUAGAUGGAUUGAUGACCUUAAAGUAGAUGAGCCAAACACAUUCUAAAUUGUGAACUUAAGAUCAAACAAGCAUAAGACAGCAGGAAAAGGAGUACUGGGAGACAGAGCAUUAGAAUUACACCAUACUUUCGGAGGAGGUGCAAAAAGCACUGUUUAUUUCAAUACAUACACAAUCAAGGGAAACAGAGCAAAGGGAUAACCAUAUUUAUCAAAGACUGUGGAGAGCUCAGAAUUUUUAUGGACUUAUGUGUACUUUGGAUAUGACAAUGACGGUGGAAGAGCCUAUGGUUCUCUAAUUAAACCAGGUCACGUAGGUGAAGUUCAAUUUGAAGGGAUCUAACAUAAAUUAGUGAAUAAUUUAAUGGUGACACUUGGAGGAGAUGAUGUUAUAUCACCAUUCAAUGGCAUGAUUGGAUAUGUAGGCAUUUAUUUGGGAACAGGAGCUUACAGAGAGGGAUUAGACUUUGGUCUGACCUUCAAUUAUGGUGAUGGAGUUAUGGCUGUGUAUUAAGUUGGUAAGCCAGUGACUUAUGUUGGAGGAGACAUAAAUUCUGCGAGAUAUGUAGAAUAUGAUUCAGUAGAAAACAUUGUUGAUAAGAUUGUAAUUCACAAUGAUGAAGGAAUGAAAAUUAAUGGAUAAAGUGAAUAUGCAUUUGGAAUGUGGACUAGAUGGUUGAGCACCUUGCCAAAAUAUUUGAGUAAAAGGGCUCCUAUUCACAACAUAGCUAGAUUAGGAACUGAAGGUUAUGUGAUUGAAUCAAUAGAUGGAAAACUUGUUAGAUCAAAUGCUAAUAGACCCAAGACUCCUAAAGAUUCAACUUUAUCUAUUGCUCUAACAACAGAUUCAUAUGAAUUUUAAACCUUAAAAUUGAAGGAUGAUCUUCCAUUUACUUAAUUAGAGGGCAGAUGGCAUUAUGUUUACUUUGGAUACAAGAGACAUGGAGAUAAAGGGCUAGCUAAAGGAUACGUAUAAUUUGGAGUUGAUGGAGAGGUGGAGGAAGUAAACUUCGAUAUUUAUCAUGAUUUCUUACUUGAGUAUGUGGAAUUCGUAGUUGGCAAGACUGCUGCUCCAUUGUUCAAUGGGGAAAUGGCAAGAAUUACAUUCUCAUUUGGACCAGGAUCAUUUGUGUCUACAGCUGAAACAUUGAAACUGUUCACUUAAAAUACUCUUCCAGAGAAAGCUUACAUUCAUCCAGUGUCCAGAUAGACAUUACAAUUAGUUGGGGCGCCUCAAUAAAUUAAAGAAGAACCAAUUCAAUUCGAAUUCGAAAAAUAUCAAGGUGCAGAAGAAUACGCAUUAUCAGGAUGGGUGAAAUGGAGUGGACCUUAAGUGACUGGAAAGAUUGCUCAUCUUAUUACUAUGGCAUAAAAAAGAUUAGAUGAUUUAGAUGGCAAAAAUGAGGAAACAUUACAAAUUACAAGGGGAGAUCAAGCUUUCACUUUUAUCACUUACAAUCAGAAUAAAGAGGAGUAUAAAUUGGUCUCUCAUGACGAAUCAUAUGGAGAGUAUGCAGAUUAAUGGACAUAUAUUUAUUAUGGAUUCUCUCAAUAAUUAAGAAAAACUUAUGGCUUUUUGAAGUAUACCUUUACAGAGAGCGAAUUCAGACAGGAAGAAGUUAAUCAUUUUUACUUAGCUGUUUUUUCAGUCCUAAUUUAAGAGAAAUAAUAAUUCACAUAAUUCAUUGGGUAGAUAAAGACAUGGGUCAUAAAUGUUGGAGAUGGUGCCUUUAGAGAAGGAGGUUUUGAUGAAAAUGAAAACAUUAAGGUCCAUUUUGGAUUCAUUAGUGGAACUGAUCAUAUUAAAUUAUAAUAAGCUGGAUAAGAGGCUCACCAUGAGGAAACUAUUUUAGAAUGCUCAUCUCAAAGCAAAGAUAUUCCCUUAUAAAUUGAAUUUUAACAAAGUGAUAAGUUACAUUUACAUGGAGUUAGUGAAUAUGGCUAUGGCUAUUGGGUCAAAUUCUAGUACUUUGCUAACAAAAAUACUAUAUACAGCAGACCUCCAUUGAUGGGAUUAAGUAGAUUAACUAGUAACAGAGACUAUAGGGACUUUGAUGCCCCAGGAGAUAGAGUACUUUUAGUGUUAUUAGGCAAAAGUUCUUAUCAUUUUGGAACAUAUGAUGUCAUUACUAAAUCAAAUAAUGUUGCUGGAGACAUCCCCUAUUAGAUUGAUUCUGAAAGUGAGUGGACUUAUGUGUAUUUCAGUUUCAAACGUAUUUCAUAGACACAAGGACAUGCUAUGGCAUUCACUCAUUAUCAAGAAAAUACUUCAGGAAUUUAGAUGGAUGUUAUGCAUUCACUAUUGAAUGAUUAUUUGUAAUUGACAGUAGGUAAUGCAGGAAAGUAUUACUCAUCAUUCAAUGGGUAGAUUACUACUAUUCGUUUCAAUUUGGGACCAGGAUCUUAUAUUGACACAAAAUAGGGUUUAUUAUAGAGAAUUAAAAAUAAGGAUACUAUUCCAGAUACUUUAUAACCAACAAAAAAAUUCGAUGUUCUGAUUGGGAAGCAUGAUGUCGCUAAAAUAGAAGAAGAACAACAUAUCACUCAUGUAAAUGAAGAGGCCAGAGAGUACAGCAUCUAAUUGUGGUUUAGAUGGUUCAAGUAGGCAGUGAAGACAUAAUAAUUGAUAUAUAGAUUCACAUCAACAAAUCCUGAUAGUUUGGGAGAUGCUCAAAAAAUAGGAGAUAGAACUUUAGCUCUCUUCCAUACAGAUGGCAUAGAGUUCAGCACCUACAGUCUGAAUCCUUUCUCCUUAUCAAAUUCAUAUGAGGCUAAGAUUCCUUCUCAACAAUUGGAGGUUUGGACCUUUGUAUAUUUUGGAUACUCAAAGAAUCAUUAGAAAAUCAGCUAUUAUUUAUUGGCUGAUGAGGAUGAACACAAGGGUUUAGAGGCAGCAUUACAUGCGGUUUCAUCAAACUAUUGGCUAUUUCUGACAAAGGAUGCUCUAGUGAAGCCAUUUGAUAGUAGACUUGCUUAAGUAAUCUUAAAUAUCGGUGAUGGCAGUUACAGAGAAGACAAUUUCAACACUCUUUAAGUGUAUUUGGCAGCACCAAAAUUAUUUAGUUCUGACAGUAAAUUCGAUUGGGAAGCAGAAGAUACGAUAACUUUGGUAUCAAGUGACUCUGAUAAGUGGGGAUCAAAAAUUACAUUUGCUGAACCAGACAGAAAGAUAGAGAGUGUUUAAGAAUACUCCGUUGGCUUAUGGGCAAGAUACUUAUAAGCUUGGCCAGAGAGAUAGUGGCAUACUCCAACAGAAAUGCAAAUUUUCAGACUCACAUACAAUGAUGAAAGAGAAAGUGGUAAAAUCGCAGUGGGAGACCGAAUUUUAAGUGCUUUUGUUAUAUUAGAGAAUUAUUUGUUUGGCACUUACGAUUUAAAUGAUGAUGCUCCUAAUGAAAUUAGCACUAUACCUUACUCCCAGUUGGAAGGCAAAUGGCACUACAUCUAUGUUGGUUAUAAGAGAUAAUUGUAAUAGGCCAAUUAUUUCGUGUUUGAUGGAGAAGAGAUUAAGCAUGCUACAAAUGAAAAAUUACUACAUAAACCUCUUGGAGAUUAUGUGCAUUUGAUUUUGGGAGGAGAAAAAGAUAUAUCUCCUUUCCAAGGCUUGUUGACCGAAGUAGCAGCUCAUUUUGGAGUCGGAUCAUUUAUUAAUAAUGGGGAAGAACUCUUAAAAUCCAUAGAUACGAGUUUUGCAUUGCCUUAAGAAUUGACUGUAGAAUACAUCCACAAGCAGAAACAUGGUUAAUAAUAAUUGAUUGGAGAAGGUGAUAAUAAUGAAGGUAGUGAAAGCACUGGAGACACUUGGAGUGGAGUAGGUGAAUAUGCUAUAUCUGGUUGGUUUAAGAUUGCAGAAACUUAGGUAAAGAAAGAAGGAGAGAUUAAUUCGCCAUGUUAAAUAUUGUUUAGAAUAACUAAUAAUGACAAGGAGCACUUAAGUGAUCGCAAAAUCUAAGGAGAUAGAGCAUUACAUGCUUAAAUAUGUACAAGUGAUACAAUUAAGUUGAGUACAUACACUCUUAAGGGACUUAAAGAUUGGAACGAGGCUAAAUUCUUAGAGGAAAAGGUCGAGUUGAGUGUCUCAAAAAAGGCUUGGUCUUACAUCUAUAUGGCUUAUAAUGAAAAUGUCAAUGAAGUUCAUACAUUGUUACAUUUAUUUGCUGAGGAUAAACCUGUCAUCUUUAAAGGGAUCUAGCACUUUGUGCCUCAUUUUGUUGGCAUUUAUGUUGGAAAAGACCCACAUUCAAGAAGAUUUUAAGGAGAACUUUAAAAAUGGGUUGCUCAAUAUGGAUAAGGUGCAUUUGUUGAUGUUUUGAAGAAAGGAUAUGAAGACAAUUUACCUAAUUUUAGACACAUUCAGAUCAAUCAAAAAUAUUUAUGGUAUGAAAAAGAGGAUCGUGUAAUUCAAACUCCAGAAAAAGUAGAAGUAACAUUUACAUAAGAAACAGAAUCCGUAGAUGAAUACGCUGUAGGAGUAUGGACAAGAUGGCUUACUGCUUUCCCUACUACUUUGAUCGAUAGAGCAGAUGUGCAUACUAUAUUUAGGUUCUCGAGUACACGAUAAUACUAAGAUAAAAGCGAAUUAGGAAAUAGAAUAUUAUCGGCAUUCCUUACUAAGGGUAAUUACGAAUUCAGCACUUAUGAUGCAUCUAAACCAGCCAAUGCUGUUGAUGGAUAAUUGCCAUAUGAGAGCAUUGAAGGAGAAUGGACUUAUGUUUAUACAGCCUAUAAAAAUAAACAGUUCUAUGGAAUGAUAUUGUUUAAAGAACAAUAGAAGGCUGUUCAUCUAACAUUGGAUGUAACUCAUUAGGUGCUUACUGGAUAUGCACACUUUGUAUUGGGAGCAAGUGAGUUCGGUUACAAAGCAUUCCAUGGAUGGUUUUUCGAUCCAAGAAUUUUCUUGGGUUCAGGAAGCUUCAUUAAUGAUUCCCAAAAAGUUGUUGAGAUGAUCCACAAAUUACAUCGUAAAUUGCCUGUCUCUCCACAAUAAGCCGAAGAUUUCAAAUGGCCAGUUUCAAUGAUGGACACAACCAAUUGGGAGGACAUGGAUACCAAAAAGGAUAAGCUUAAUUAUGAAUUCACUGACAAGGCUUAAAUAUAGUCAUACUGUUUCGGAUUUUGGUAUUAAAAUGCUAUUUUGUUGCCUGAGAUGGAAAACGAUUUUAGAGGCUUAGUGAGAUUAACUACUAAUGGUCCAGAUAUGGCUGGAGACGAAAAAUUCAUUGGAGAUCGCACUCUUGCUGUUUUCACAAAGACUGAUCAAUUAUUGGCUAGUACAUAUACUAUAAAGGACCCUUCUUUCGAACCAGUUUCUCAUACCUUUGAUAUCAAAAAGCAUCAAUGGACCUUUGUUUACUUUGGAUAUGAAAAGGGUUAGGCCAGAUCCUACAUUUUGUUGCCAGAAGGACCUCAAGAUAAAGUACUUCUUGUAAAUCACAUAAUUCCUAAUUAAUUCUAUUUACACAUUGUCAAUGAUAUAGGCCAUCCUGCAUUUUGGGUAUCACUUAUGUAUAUCUCAAUUUUAGGGUAAAAUCUAUGGAUUGAAAGUCAAUUUCGGCGAAGGAAGCUAUUUGGAAAAUCCAUUAGAACUAAUAGAUAGAUGGCCCUACGAUCCAAAAUAACAUCAAGAUAUUGAUAAAAAAGGGAAUAAGGCAUUAUGUAUAUAUAUUGUUAAUAAUUAAGCCAUUAAUUCUGCCAAAGUGUAAAAGUAGAAAUCUGAAGAGUUCAAGGAAUGA